CCCCGGCGCGCACGCCCCUCGCUCCAUGGCAUUCCCGGGCGGGCGGUCCGGACGGGCGGGCGGGGACACGGAGGCGCGGGCGCCCUCCGGGCCGGCGGCGGCAGCCCCUCCCCGAAGCCCUCAGGACCCCCGAAGACCCCAGUGCCGGCGGCGGCGGCCCGCCCUGCUCUGCUUGGAACCAUGAGCGAGGUCCGCAGGGACAGCACCAGCAGCCUGCAGCGGAAGAAGCCACCGUGGCUGAAGCUAGAUAUCCCAGCUGUGGCGCCCCCGGCUGCCGAGGAGCCCAGCUUCCUGCAGGUAGGCCCUGGCCAGCAGGGGCUGUGGGGCCACCCUGUCCAGCCCCCUCACCGUGACCCCGUCGCCCAGCCCCUAAGACGCCAGGCAUUCUUGCGGAGUGUGAGUAUGCCAGCCGAGACUGCCCAUCUGCCCUCACCCCACCAUGAGCCCCGGCGGCCAGUACUGCAACGCCAGAUGUCCAUCACGCAGACCAUCCGCAGGGGCACUGCUGACUGGUUUGGAGUGAGCAAGGACAAUGACAGCACCCAGAAGUGGCAGCGCAAGAGCAUCCGUCACUGCAGCCAGCGCUAUGGGAAGCUGAAGCCCCAGGUCAUCCGGGAGCUGGACCUGCCCAGCCAGGACAACGUGUCGCUGACCAGCACUGAGACGCCCCCUCCACUGUAUGUGGGGCCAUGCCAGCUGGGCAUGCAGAAGAUCAUAGACCCCCUGGCCCGGGGCCGGGCCUUCCGCUUGGCAGAUGACGCCACCGAUGGCCUGAGUGCCCCGCACACGCCUGUCACACCGGGUGCUGCUUCCCUCUGCUCCUUCUCCAGCUCCCGCUCUGGUUUCAACCGGCUCCCACGGCGGCGCAAGCGCGAGUCGGUGGCCAAGAUGAGCUUCCGGGCGGCCGCUGCGCUGGUGAAGGGCCGCUCGGUUAGGGAUGGCACCUUGCGCCGAGUGCAGCGCCGAAGCUUCACUCCUGCCAGCUUCUUGGAGGAGGACACAGCUGACUUCCCCGACGAGCUAGACACGUCCUUCUUUGCUCGGGAAGGUGUCCUCCACGAGGAGCUGUCCACGUACCCGGACGAGGUGUUUGAAUCCCCAUCAGAGGCAGCGCUCAAGGAGUGGGAGAAAGCCCCAGAGCAGGCGGACCUCACGGGCGGGGCCCUGGACCGCAGCGAGCUUGAGCGCAGCCAUUUGAUGUUGCCUCUGGAACGUGGCUGGCGCAAGCAGAAGGAGGGUGGUGCGGCGGCCUCGCAGCCCAAGGUGCGGCUGCGGCAGGAGGUGGUGAGCACAGUGGGGCAGCGGCGUGGCCAGCGCAUCGCGAUGCCGGUGCGCAAGUUCUUCGCCAGGGAGAAGCGGCCCUACGGGCUGGGCAUGGUGGGCCGGCUCACCAACCGCACUUACCGCAAGCGAAUUGACAGCUAUGUCAAACGGCAGAUUGAGGACAUGGACGACCACAGGCCUUUCUUCACCUACUGGCUCACCUUCGUGCACUCACUCGUCACCAUUCUAGCCGUGUGCAUCUAUGGUAUAGCACCGGUAGGCUUCUCACAGCACGAGACCGUGGACUCGGUGCUGCGGAACCGCGGGGUCUAUGAGAAUGUCAAGUACGUGCAGCAGGAGAACUUCUGGAUCGGGCCCAGCUCGGAGGCUCUCAUUCACCUGGGUGCCAAGUUCUCGCCCUGCAUGCGCCAGGAUCCGCAGGUGCAUAGUUUCAUCCACGCUGCGCGUGAACGCGAAAAGCAUUCGGCCUGCUGCGUGCGCAACGACCGAUCUGGCUGCGUGCAGACCUCGGAGGAAGAGUGCUCGUCCACGCUGGCAGUGUGGGUGAAGUGGCCCUUCCAUCCCAGUGCCCCAGACCUUGAUGGCCACAAAAGGCAGUUCGGCUCUGUCUGCCAUCAGGACCCCAGGGUGUGUGACGAGCCUUCCUCCGAGGACCCCCAUGAGUGGCCCGAUGACAUCACCAAGUGGCCGAUCUGCACCAAAAACAGCGCUGGCAACCACACGAACCACCCUCACAUGGACUGUGUCAUCACGGGCCGGCCCUGCUGCAUUGGCACCAAGGGCAGGUGUGAGAUCACCUCCCGGGAGUACUGUGACUUCAUGAGGGGCUACUUCCAUGAGGAAGCCACACUCUGCUCUCAGGUACACUGCAUGGACGACGUGUGUGGGCUCCUGCCCUUCCUCAACCCCGAGGUGCCUGACCAGUUCUACCGCCUGUGGCUGUCCCUCUUCUUGCACGCUGGGAUCCUGCACUGCCUGGUAUCUGUCUGCUUCCAGAUGACUGUCCUGCGGGACCUGGAGAAGCUGGCCGGCUGGCACCGCAUAGCCAUCAUCUACCUGCUGAGUGGUAUCACUGGUAACCUGGCCAGUGCCAUCUUCCUGCCAUACCGGGCGGAGGUAAGGCAGCCUCAGGGUGGGGCCCUCCCGUGUGCACCUGUGGCCUGGCAGGAGCUGGGUCCACAUCAGCACAGAGCUGCUCGAGCCCCUCCACUUGGCUCCUCCAUCCUGAUACGCUCUGGGCCACGGGAGGUGGGAAGACAGGCUUGGGGUACAGGGGCCUGCUCAGGCCCGCCGGCUCACACCACCCACCCACCCCCAGGUGGGCCCAGCCGGCUCACAGUUCGGCAUCCUGGCCUGCCUCUUCGUGGAGCUCUUCCAGAGCUGGCAGAUCCUGGCACGACCCUGGCGGGCCUUCUUCAAGCUGCUGGCCGUGGUGCUCUUCCUCUUCACCUUCGGGCUGCUACCCUGGAUCGACAACUUUGCCCACAUCUCGGGCUUCAUCAGCGGCCUCUUCCUCUCCUUUGCCUUCCUGCCCUAUAUCAGCUUCGGCAAGUUCGACCUGUACCGCAAGCGCUGCCAGAUCAUCGUCUUCCAGGUGGUCUUCCUGGGCCUCCUGGCUGGCCUGGUGGUCCUCUUCUACUUCUACCCUGUCCGCUGUGAGUGGUGUGAGUUCCUCACCUGCAUCCCCUUCACUGACAAGUUCUGCGAGAAGUAUGAGCUGGACGCUCAGCUCCACUGAGCGGGCGGGGGCGCUGGGGCCACACGCUCCAGUGGGCAGAGCCUGACCCGUGGGCAAGGGACUCUGCGAGCGCCGAUUCCCAAACACAGACCCCUUGUGCCUUGUUCACUGCUGGUGAACCUCUCGUACUUCCCUGCAUUUCUUACACUAGUUCCUGCCAUGAUCCUCUAACUUGUCUCUCGACGACCACCUCACGUGGCCAAUAAAUGGACCGGGAGCGUUUUAGCUGCCACUAACUUGACCACA